AUGGCCGAGCAGAAUGGUGCCACGGGCCAGUCGCCCACAUGUUCUAUCGCAGAGUUUUCGAGCACAACGUUCGACUACAUUAUCUGCGGAGGCGGGACUGCUGGGUUGGCUAUUGCAGCUCGUCUGACUGAGAACCCCGAGGUGACGGUAGGUGUUGUCGAGGCGGGAAAAUACCGUAUUGGAGACCCCUUGGUGGACAUGCCUGGGGGACUAUUCCACUUGUUGGAAAAUCCCGAGUAUGACUGGUGCAUGUACUCGGAACCACAGGAAGGGAAUAAUGGGCUUGUCCAUCAUAUUCCUCGCGGCAAGUUGCUCGGCGGGUCCAGUGGCAUCAACUACAUGAUGUACGUACGUGGCAGCACGCAGGAUUACAAUGAUUGGGCCGAACUGGCCGGAGACGAAGGCUGGUCAGCAGAAAUCAUGCAGCAUUAUAUGCGUAAACACCAGACGCUCGAGCCGAUUGACCCCUCGAUCAAAGAUACCUCCACGAUGCCUUUCGUCGGGGAGUUCCACGGCACCAGUGGUCCGGUUCGCACAAGCUUCAACGACACUAUUAUGCCAAUCGAGAAUGAUAUUAUCAAAGCCUGCGACGAAGUCACAGACACCCCACAGAAACCACUUGACCCGUGGAGCGGAGAUCACAUUGGCUUCUACAACACCCUGGGCUCGAUCUGCCGCACUGGGCCCAACAAGGGCAAGCGCAGUUAUGCGGCCCGAGGAUACUACGAGGCUAAUCGGGCCAACCGACCGAAUCUCAACGUCCUUUGCAGCACGCUGGUAAACAAGGUCAACCUCACGGGCAACAAGGCCACUGGUGUCAACAUCUCUCAUGAAGGCCAGGAGUACAAUGUUGCCGCCAAGCGCGAGGUCAUUGUCUGCGGAGGCACUCUCAAGUCACCGCAGAUCCUCGAAUUGUCUGGCAUCGGAGACCCAGCCGUUCUUGAAGCUGCUGGUGUUGAAUGCAAGAUCGCAAACCCAGCCGUCGGUGCCAACCUGCAAGACCACCAGAUGACAUUCGCCGUCUACGAAAUGACGCCCGGUACUAUUACCCUGGACACACUCCACCAAGUGCCCGAGGCAAUGCAAAAUGCAUUGAAGCAAUACACCGAGUCUGGCAGCGGCCCACUCUCCUUCAUGUCCCCUGAAGAGCUCGACAAAGUCAUCCAAAGCAUCCGCGAGGUCAAGCCGACUAGUGCAUUCCACGAGAAACAACUCGCCCAAAUCAUCGCCCACCUUCAGAGCGAUAUUUCAGCCAACAUUCAAAUGGUGCUCGUCCCAGCAACAGCGGAUGUCACCGGAAUCGAACACCAAAGCCAUGUCUUCCCGCCCCGGCCGGCCGACCAACCCGCCGGCCUGACAUUCGCCCUAUGUCUCCAGUACCCGGUCGCUCGAGGCUGGGUACACAUUACAAGCUCCGACCCCACCAAACCACCCGCAAUUCAACCAAAUUACGGCGGCCACGAUGCAGACGUGACAGUUCUCAGUGCCGCCUUCCGCUGGACAGACAAGGUCUCCCAAUCCUCACACGUCAAGUCCUCAAUUAUCCGGCGAUCAUACCCCGAGCCAUCGUUGGAUCUCCAGGAUCUUGAGAAUGGAAAGCAAGCCGUUCACGACGUAAUUUUGGGCGAGUACCAUAUUUGCGGCUCUGUGGCGAUGGGUGAUGCCCUCGACUCUCGGUUACGGGUCAAAGGCGUGGAGAGACUCCGAGUCGCUGAUGCAUCGGUGUUCCCGAAUAAUGUGAGUGGCAAUAUUGUAAGUAGUGUCUAUGCGGUAGCGGAGAAGGCGGCGGAUAUGAUCAAGGAGGAUUGGGAUUUCGCGCCACUGAAGGAGGCCAUGGCUUAG